CUUCUCUCUCUCUCCCCCCGAAACCUCCAUUGACGACGGGAGGGAGACCCUCUCUUCUCAUCUCACAUAUAUCUCAGCUCCGUUUUGAUUCAUUCCUUUUCUCCAUACGAUUACAGGUCAAUCUAUGAUUUGCACCAGGAUGUCUUCACUGACUGCAAGUACUAUUGCUACCCCAGCAACUAUACCAUCAGUGAGAUCAGAGAGCCAGUGUAGGAGGCAGACCAAGCCAACCUGUUCUUUUCCAUUGGAGCUUAGACCACUUGGCCUGCAGUGUCAGCCCUUUGACAAAAGAAGACCCAUUACGCAUGCUGUUCAAAUGAGGUCCGCUUCAAUAAUAUGCGCUGCUGCUCUGAAUGCAACAUGUGCUGCAGAGCAAACCCAAACUGUUACAAGGCAGUCAUCUACUAUUACUGUCGCUCCUAUUCAAGGCAAGGAGAAGUCACCAGAGCUUGACGAUGGAGGGAGUGGAUUUCCACCACGUGAUGAUGGUGAUGGAGGUGGUGGCGGAGGGGGUGGUGGAGGUGGCUGGACAGGUGGGUUCUUCUUUUUUGGGUUUCUUGCCUUUCUAGGCUUCUUGAAAGAUCAGGAAAGCGAGGGCCCUUAUCGGGAUGGUAGGAGAAGAUGAUAACAUUAUUCGCCUAUCUAAAUCUUAACAAUUUCUGCCAAGUUGUAGCCAAAAACUUGAUCUUUGCUGUAUUAUUUUUUGAUCGGUGAGAACAAUUAAUGGUUACUUGCACAGCUGCAUGACAAUCUGCCCACCUCGGGACUAUGGGAAUCAGAUAGAAUGUUAUUUCCUCUA